ACGUCGACACCCACCACUCUUCAACCCAGCGCAUCGCCGUCAUCUUCGCGCCACCCACAUCCACAACCACUGGUACCAUUAGAAGACCCUGCCCCCCGACGGUUUCCCGUAACACCUGCCGUGCUGCGAUCUAUAUUCGCAUCAUCGCGUACACCGUACGAGGAAAGAUCCAUUUCGCGGGUCGCGUUUUUUAGGUUCGCUGGCUUCUUGCUGAGCUGUGUCGCAAUCAGCUUUGCCGCUGCGAGAGGUAGG